UUAGCUUCACUUAGCUUGACCGCGGACGAUGUAAUUCACGCCCUCGUCGUCGAUUUCUGCCAGUGCGCAUGUAUGCGAGUUAGGGGAGGCCAUGAGGGUAAAGGUGAUCUCCAUCCUGGAAGACAAUUACAUGUACUUGGUCAUAGAGGAGCAGACCAAACAGGCCUUGGCUGUGGACCCCGCGGUUCCUCACAGGCUUCUGGAAAUUGUGAAGAGAGAGGAGUUGACCCUGGUGGCUGUUCUCACCACACAUCAUCACUGGGACCACGCUCACGGAAACGAGGCCUUGCUGAAGGAGAUACCCGGCCUGAAGGUGUACGGCGGAGACGAGCGCAUCGACGGUCUGACCGAUAAAGUGACCGACGCUCAGGAACUCAAGUUCAACUCCAUCAACGUCAGAUGCCUGUUCACUCCCUGCCACACCGCCGGACACAUGUGCUACUUUGUUUGGGAGGACGAGUGCGCCGAUGCCCCCGCUGUAUUCACAGGGGAUACGCUGUUUAUCGCCGGAUGCGGGAAGUUUCUGGAGGGCUCGGCCGAGCAGAUGUACCGCAAUCUCACUCAGGCGCUGGGCUCCCUGCCGCAGGAAACUAAAGUGUUCUGCGGACACGAAUACACCGUCAAGAACCUGAAGUUUGCUCUGCUGGUGGAGCCGGACAACAAGAAGGUUCAGGAAAUGCUGACUUGGGCCAGGGCGAGAGAUGACGAGGACAAGCCGACGGUGCCCUCCACCCUGCGGGAGGAAUUCCAAUACAACCCGUUUCUCCGUCUCACGGAGGAAGGGGUGCAAAAGUUCACGGGGAAGACGGACCCCGUGGAAGUGCUGAGGGUCCUGCGCCAGGAGAAGGACAAGUUCAAGAAGCCCAAGGAGAGGCUUCCUCCGCAGGUCCUGCUGGCCUUGAAGUGGGGGCUGCUAAGACCCUGAUGUCCAGCUCCGUGUCGAUGGAUUUGAUCUGCAGUAGUUAGACGCUGACCUCUGAAAAACGCUUCUAAAUUUUUACCAAUAUGCAUUUUUGAUGCGGCCGCUCAUCAUCGCUAACAAGCGUUUUUGUUAGCUUUGGGGCUAUUUUUGUCAGGCAGGCCUUUACGCUUUAGCUGGAAAAGUAGAUGUUUGCAAAGGUCUCUUGAAUUCCAAUCUGCUUUCAUUGAGGGACGACAAACAGAAAUCAAUUUCCUUGAAUAUUUUUUCAUAUUUAAAAAAGCCAAAAGAAUAUUUACUGUUGCCCCUCCCCUUUUUUGUCAUAUACAGUGCCUUCCAUAAUUAUUGCCACCCCUGGUUAAGAUGUGUUUUUUAGCUUCUUAUAAUUUUUUUUUCUUAUUCAUAUAUUAUGGGACCUUAAUGGAAAAAAAGAAAAAAUCAACCUUCAAUACAAGUGCAUUUAUUCAGUGGGGGGAAAAAUCCCAUAUAAAGAAAUAAUUAUUUGACAUCAAAUAAUGUGUGUCACAAUUAUUAGCAGCCCGGGUGUUAAUACUUUGUACGACCCCCUUUUGCCAACAAAACAAGGUCUGGGGACUGAGAUGGCCAUGGGAGGAGCUUGAUUUUGUGUCUGGUGAAGCAUUUUUGUGUAGAUUUGGCCAUAUGUUUAGGGUCAUUGUCUUCCUGAAAGACCCAGUGACGACCCAUCUUCAGCUUUCGAGCAACAGACAUUGAUGAUGCCAUGCACCCUAACAAGGUUCCCAGGGCCUUUGGAAGCCAAACAGCAUCACUGACCCACCCCCGUACUUCACAAUGGGUAUGAGGUGCUGUCUACACGCCAACAAGCUGUUUGGGAGGCAUGCACGGAGAAAACCUUUCCACACUCACAAUCGUAAACGCAAACGUCUGGAGUUCACCAAGCGGUAUUGGGGCUUCAACUGGGACCGUGUUUGAGCUUUUUGGAACCAAACACUAAGUGGGUCUGGCGUGGCACGAAAGAUGCGCAUGCUGAAAAGCACCUCAUACCCACUGUGAAGUUCGGGGGUGGGUCAGUGAUGCUGUUUGGCUUCCAAAGGCCCUGGGAACCUUGUUAGGGUGCAUGGCAUCAUGAAUGCUUUGAAAUACCAGGACAUUUGAAAUCAAAAUCUGUUGCCCGAAAGCUGAAGAUGCCUCGUCACUGGGUCUUUCAGCAAGACAAUGACCCUUGAUGUCAAAUAAUUAUUUCUUUGUGGGAUUUUUUUCCCCCACUGAAUAAAUGCACUUGUAUUGAAGGUUGGAUUUUUCUCUUUUCUUCCAUUAAGGUCCUAUAUUAUUUGAAUAAAAAAAAAAUAUAUAUAUAUUAGAAGCUCAAAAACACAUCUUAACCAGGGGUGCCAAUAAUUAUGGAGGGCACUGUACCAUUAUUAGUCCCUAAGAGGAUUUGUCAAUUUAUGGUUCGAAAAUUCGUGUUGAUUCAUCGUGGCAACCCUUGUUGACUCAAACUAUCGCUAUACACAAAUAGAAUGGCUGUAGAUCUUUUUAUUUGUUCAAAAUAUAUUUGUGCUUUUAUUACAUUAAAAGGUGACAUUACCCGCUUCAUAUUUA